CGACCGACGACGACGAUGGUAACCACUUUCUUGAAUCUCCCCGACGACGUAAUCGUCAAAAUAUUUCUCAAUCUGGGAGACGAUGCUCGUCACUGGGCAAAUCUUUCCUGCGUUUGCACCAAAUUCCCACCUCUAAUUCGCGACUUUUGUUGGAAAGAAAGAUGCAUCCGAUCCUUACCUGGUAUUUUCUCCGAUCUAUUUAACAAUUCUCGUUCAAUCUCUCCACCUCCCGGUGGUUGGGCCGCUCUCUACAAGCUCGCCAUCAGCUGUCCCGGCGUUUACCAUUCCGGUGUUGUAACCAAUCAUGAUCUUCAGAUUCAACAAGAUCUGGAUCAUGAAGAAGAAGAAGAAGAAGAGGUAAAACCGACUGAAACCCAGGUAUUGAUUGAGAAAAAGAUCUGUUGUAGUCCACCAGCUACGCAUAUCGCAUCUGGGUUUCCGAGUUUUAGUCGAGAAGAAGGUAGUAAAAUGUUAGGAAGUAGAUUUAGGGAUGAUUACUUUUACAUUUGUCAUUGGCCAGGGUGUGUUCAUGAGGAAAGGAAGAAGAAGUAUAUGCUUUUUAGAGGUAUUUUUGUUAACUUUAAGGAAUCUGAGAUAUGGAGGAAGAUUAAUGAAGUGAAUAAGGAUCAAGUUGAUAUUCCCUGUGGUUUUUGUUCAUGUAAAAAGACAUGGGAUUUGCAGUCUUCUUUCUGUUUGAGGCGUGUCUUCUUUGGACAUCAUGCUAAUGGUGAACCGAUUGUUCGAGCUUAUGUUUGUGACAAUGGCCAUGUCUCUGGAGCAUGGACUGAGUUUGUCUGGUACAGAUGAUCUUUAAGUUUUGCUAUUUCAUUCAACUUUUUUCAUUCAUCAUUUCAAUUUUCAAGCAAUAAUAAACAUCUUAUUUCUCUUCUUCUAUGCAACAAUUAAGAGUUUUAUUAGGUCAAUUUCAUAUUUUGGACAAAAAUCCAACGUUUUCAGUUGCAGAAUAAUCAACGUUUUCAGCUUUUCACAAGUUA